AUGAAGGAACUCAGCUUAGCUCCUAGCAUAAAGUGUCGACUAUACUGUGACAACAAGGCCGCAAUAAGCAUCUCAGAGAAUCCAGUUCAACAUGAUCGAACCAAAUAUGUUGAGGUGGAUAGACACUUUAUCAAGGAAAACAUUGAAGGAGGCAUUGUAGAGCUGCCAUUUGUUCACUCAGAAGAUCAGCUUGCUGACAUUUUGACAAAGGCAGUCAACAAGAGAAAAAAAAAGCUGAGUUUCCUCACAAAAAAGGGGUUGGUUUGGCUCAUGUUGGGCUUCAAGUACAUUUCCCAGAUUUUUGAAGAGGAAGAAAAAGAAGACGAAAUACAAAUUGGUUUACCCACAGAUGUAAAGCAUGUAGCUCAUAUUGGAUGGGAUGGACCUGCUGUUGAUACCCCAAGCUGGAUGAAUCAAUUCAGUGGAUCUCCAGGCCUGCAUUCUGCACCUUUAGGUCCCCCAACUGGUGGAGAAAAAGGGGAGCCUGAAAUUAAAUGGGUCUCUGAAGAUCCAAGCACUAAGAGAAGUAAUAGAAGUGUUGAUCUCCCGGACGUGCCGAGAUCAUCAAGGCACAGUCAAUCAGCAGAAGGCAACGGCGAGUUGUCCCCGAAGAAGCAGAAAGAUCCCAACAAGGUAAAGCAGAGGAGAAACCACUCAAGGGAGACAUCAGAAGGAGGCAGUGUUAAGUCGAACCGGGAGCCAUCCGACCCGGGGGUCCCGGAUCCAGCCAAGAAAUCACGCAGAAAAAAGUCGAAGGAGUCCAACGGGACAGGCGGAUCCGCACGGCCACGAUCGAGGGCUAACAUCGAUCCCGGCCCCGAUGGUGAAUCAUCCGUCAAGAAUUCCGAAUUGGAUAAUCACCAAAACAACUAAUCAUAUUUCUCAACAAUUAUCGGUGUUUUUUUGAUCCAUAGUUUGCUCUAAUACACCAAGGGAUAAAUUUUCAACCUAUCAAGGGUAUAUGAUGGUUCCUUAGAAAAUAAACUAUAUACUUUUUCUUUCCCCUAUUUUCUCUUUUAUUUCUUUUUUUCCUUCUUAAAAGGGAUAUGUUGCUAGGCAACAACUAGUAUAUCUAACAUCAUAUUUAUUAUGUAAAUGCCAGUUUAUUUUGGCAGAGGUUCUCGCUUAACAUUGUGAUCUCUCAACUGCUUUCAGUGUGGUAUGUAUACACUACUUUUUGGCC